CCCCCCUCGACAUCCCCAUGGUGGACUCGAACGCCGUCAACGCCGCGAAACUCCUCUGGACACCCACGCCCGAGUUGAUUGCCACCUCGCACUGGACCAAGUUCACUGCGUUCGUCAACACGAAACAUGGACUGUCUCUCGUGUCUGUGCACGAUCUGUGGCAAUGGUCCGUGGACAACUUGUCUCAUUUUUGGGCGGCGACGUGGGAAUACACGGGCAUGGUGUCGUCCGCACCACACACACAAGUGAUCCAAGACGAAACCAAGAUGCCUGGUGCCAAGUUCUUUCCCGGCGCGCGCCUCAACUUUGCCGAGAACUUGCUUCGCCACCGCGACGACCGCACUGCACUCGUGUUCAAAUCCGAAACAUCCAACCAAGCGAUCCGCAUCACGUACAACCAACUGUACGACCAAGUCGCGGCACUGUCCCAGCGAUUGCGGCAAUUGGGCGUCGCUGUUGGCGACCGCGUCGUCGGGUACAUGCCUAACACCCCCGACACGGUCGUGGCCAUGCUGGCUGCCACGAGUGUCGGCGCCGUGUGGUCGAGCUGCUCGCCAGACUUUGGCAAGAACGGCGUGCUCGAUCGCUUUGCCCAAAUCACGCCCAAGGUUGUGUUUGCCACAGACGGGUACUUUUACAAGGGCAAGCGCAUCGACACGCUCCCUGGGUUGAAGGACAUUCUGCACGAACUACCCACGGUCCACAAGGUCGUGCUCUUCCGCUACACCAUCGGCCCUACGUACGACUUGGACUUGUCGGCGCUCCCGAACGCCCAAUAUGUGGACCAUUUCCUCGCAGAACUGAACGCCCCCGUGCAGUUUCCAAUCCAGUUUGAGCAGCUGCCGUUCGAUCACCCCGUGUAUAUCAUGUACAGCAGCGGCACCACCGGCCUGCCAAAGUGCAUCGUGCAAGGGCCUGGGGUGUUACUCAACCACCUCAAAGAACACAUGCUGCACUUGAACGUGAGCCGCGACGACGUUGUGUUUUACUACACUACAACCGGAUGGAUGAUGUGGAACUGGCUCGUGAGCGGGCUCGCCGUCGGCGCCACCGUCGUGCUCUUCGACGGCAAUCCGCUGUACCCGGGGGCAUCGGCCCUAUGGCAGUUUGCCGAGGAGGUCGGCAUGACAGUCUUUGGAACGUCCGCGCGGUACUUGGCGGCGGUGAUGGACUCUGGGUGUAAGCCCGGCAAGGAGUUCAACCUGUCCAAGCUCAAGAUGAUUGCGUCCACGGGGUCCCCCGCCAGCACCAACAUUUUCAACUUUGUCUACUCGGACAUUAGCGCCGACGUGCAGUUCGCGUCCAUCUCGGGCGGCACCGACCUCAACGGGUGCUUUGCGCUGGGCUGCUCCAACUUGCCCGUGUACAAUGGCGAACUCCAGGUGCGCGGACUUGGGCUGGACGUGGCUAUUUACAACGACAACGGCGACGCGCUUGUCCAAAGCCAAGGCGAACUUGUGUGCCUCAAGCCGUUUCCGUCCAUGCCGCUCUACUUUUACGGCGACACGGACGGAUCCAAGUACUUUGGCGCAUAUUUCGACGUGUUUCCCAAUGUGUGGCGUCAUGGCGACUUUGCCGAAAUCACGGCUCACAACGGCAUGGUGCUGUACGGUCGAUCCGACGCGACGUUGAACCCGGGUACGAACGAACGGCUGAAAAAUCGAUCACGUCAUCCAGAUAUAUAUAUAUAUAUAUGGAUCACGUCAUAUGACGACGGUACUAUGUGAUUGUUGUGCAGGGGGAGUGCGCAUUGGCACGGCAGACAUUUACAAAGUCGUCGAGCAAAUCAAGGACGUGGCCGACUCGGUGAUUGUGGGCCAGGACUACACGCUGUCGGACGGUACCCCGGACGUGAAGAUCGUGCUGUUUGUGGUGCUGGCCGAGGGCGUGGCGUUGACGGCGGAGCUCCAGAAGCGAAUCGUGUCCAAAAUCCGCACGGAGACGAGCCCACGCCACGUACCCGGCCUUAUUGUGGCGUGCCCAGACAUCCCGUACACCGUGAGCGGGAAGAAGGUCGAGAUCGCCGUCAAGCGCGUUCUGGGCGGCAAAACCAUCACAAACGCCAGUGCCCUGCGCAACCCCGAGUCCCUCGCCUGGUUUGCCGCGUAUGCCAACAAGGCAUCUCAGUAGAAAACACAUACAAUCCACGCUUGUGUUGUACACUCGUGUGGCUGGCUAACUACAGUACUGUACUCACUUGUAUGUAGUACCUACCGCAAAGUACAGAUGUGGUCGUUAAAUUAGAAUUUACCGUUCCAGAUGAUGCUCUAGAAUGAAAAAACUGCGAAC